AUGGACAAAGCAUACACAGUUGAGAAGUAUCAUUACCACAUGGCAGAGGUAGAGAGAAUUGAUAAGAGGGUCAAAGAUCACUUAAUCGACAUUGGGUAUGAAAGAUGGUUCAAAGCACAUUCCACUGUCAACAGAAUGUUGACAAUGACUUCAAACAUUACGGAGUCAAUCAAUGCAGCGCUCAAGGCUGCUAGGGAACUCCCAUUAAUGCCUUUGCUAGAGUACAUAAGGCAACUGAUCGGACGAUGGAACGUUACAAACCAAAAGAAUGCAAUAGAGUCGUUUACUGACCUUGGGAAAAAAUAUGAUACAAUGUUGAUGGACAUUCUCGAAUUGUCACAUCGGAUGGAGUGUCCACCUGCACGGCACAUGGAGAUCAAAUUGAUUAAAGCUAACGUUUCUAAUAUUCAUUGUUUGCACAAAAGCAAUAUUAUAGUGUUCAAGCAAUGGAGGGUCUUAUCUCUGUUAUCCGGGGCUUCAGGUUUUCUGUUUCUUUUCAAAGCUAGUUGGUCUAACUCUAUUCUCUAUUUCUUCGAGGGCAUGCGAGAAGUUAGUCGUUAUGUUACCCCUUCGACGAGUUACUUAUAUUCGGUACUUGACAAGGUAUUAAAAUACAAUUACAUUGAUCACAUUGAGUAUUGCUCGGUGUACUACACCUGGAAGUACCUAUUAAAGACCUAUGAAAUUCCAAUUUAUCCAGUUCUUGAUGAAAGCACAUGGAAAAUUCCUGCAAAAGUUCUAAAUGAAAAAGUCUUGCCACCAGAUGUGACUAAAUCAAUAGGAAGUCCAAGGAAGGGGAGGUGCAAGCCAAUAUCUGAAAGGGAACGAAAAAGGUCGAUCUCAUGUGGACAGUAUUGA